AUGUCUCAAUCAUCAAGCAAUGAUAUUAUAACACCGGGUCAAAGAUUAUGUAAAGAAUCAGAUUUUAUAUCAUCAGAAGGAACUUAUGUACAUAAAGGAUAUAUUUACUCGUCAGUUUUAGGGUUUAAACAUGUAAUAAAAAGAAAUAUAGAUACAACAAAUGAAAAUAAUGUAAAUAAUAGUAAUAAUAGCAAUGAAAUAGAAAAUAAUAAAGAUUAUAUAGUAGUUUUAAAAGAAAAAGAACCAAGUGUUGUACCAGAAAUUGGAAGUAUAGUUACAGUUCAAGUGCUCCGUAUUAAUCCAAAGUUAGCAAGUGUUGCUAUCCUUUGUGUUGGAACAAAAGCAUUAAAAGAAACAUUCAAUGGUAUCAUUAGAAUUCAAGAUGUUCGUGCAACUGAAAUUGAUAAAGUUGAAAUUUAUAAAUCAUUUAGACCUGGUGAUAUAGUUUUAGCUCAAAUUGUAUGUUUGUAA